GCGAUCCUCCCGCCUUGGCCUCUCAAAGCGCUGGGGGUACAGGCCUGAGCCACAGUGCCUGGCUUAACUCACUUUUUACAGAUAAGAGAACUGAGGUCCAAAGAAGUUGUUCCUUGCUCAAGGUCAUACAGCUAAAAUAGCACUAGAGGUGGGUCUAGAAGCUAGGUCUCUCCACAAUUCUCAGUUCUGGACACUUUCCAAUGGGCAGUGUUCAGCCACCCCCACUCCCUGCCCCCUGCCCUUUUUGAGUGCCACAUCUCACUUUCUCUUUCAGAGACUCCACCCAGCUUCCAUGACCUUUCCUUGUUUGCACCCACCUCUACCCCUUCCCUAAUCUGGAGUCUAGGUUUAAAAAAAGAAAAUGGUGAGUCCUUUAGAUAAAGUCACAUGCUGGGUGUUUUGAACCUUCUCCAGCAAGAAAAAGAAAGGUUAUUCUUUCCUCCCUGUGUUAACCCUUCCCGUGCCGUGCGGGUGAAGUUGAGGACUUUUUGAAAAAAGGCUGAGUGGCCUCAGUCAGGCCUGAAGAAGUGGAGUCCCCGCCCCCUGGUGCAGCAGCAAAGACAGAUGCGGAGCCACCUGUCACUGGGCUGUGGGCGGGGGCCAGGGCCAUGAGGACCGCGGAACCCGAGGGUGAACGCCGUUGAGCGCACGCUCAGAGCAGACAGCUCGCAGGAGGCAGGAUGCGAUGGUCUGAAGACCCUAGGAGCUGACCGCCAGAGGGAGGGAAAGUGGUCACCGAGGCGAGGCAGAGCGACUGGCGGUGGAGGAUCUUGGAGGUGACAGCAAGGAGAGUACGCAAGGGCGAGGGGCUGCUGAAGCGGGCCCUGUGACUUUUGCACCGACGCGGGGCGGGCGGGAGAGAGGAAGGGAGGGCAGCGCGGUGGCGCUUCGGGCUGGCCCUGCCGGUGCGGGGGUACCAUGUCCCGAGAGCGGCCCCCCCGCACCGACAUCCCUCGCAACCUGAGCUUUAUCGCUGCGCUGACUGAGCGCGCCUACUACCGCAGCCAGCGGCCCAGCCUCGAAGAGGAGCCAGAAGAGGAGCAAGGCGAGGGCGGGACACGGCUCGGCGCCCGAUCCCGAGCUCACGCUCCGAGUCGGGGUCGCCGGGCCCGCUCUGCGCCCGCUGGAGGAGGCGGGGCCCGGGCGCCCCGCAGCCGUAGUCCGGACACCCGCAAGAGAGUGCGUUUCGCGGACGCGCUGGGGCUGGAGCUGGCUGCCGUGCGCCGCUUCCGCCCGGGAGAGCUGCCCCGGGUGCCCCGCCACGUGCAGGUCCAACUGCAGAGGGACGCCCUCCGCCACUUCGCGCCGUGCCAGCCCCGCGCCCGCGGCCUCCAGGAGGCGCGCGCCGCCCUGGAGCCGGCCAGCGAGCCCGGCUUCGCCGCCCGCUUGCAGGCGCAGCGAAUCUGCCUGGAACGCGCCGAGGCGAGCCCGCUGGGCGUGGCCGGGAGCGCGCGCGUGCUGGACCUGGCCUACGAGAAGCGCGUGAGCGUGCGCUGGAGCGCCGACGGCUGGCGGAGCCAACGGGAGGCGCCCGCCGCCUACGCCGGCCCGGCCCCGCCCCCGCCGCGCGCCGACCGCUUCGCCUUCCGUCUGCCGGCGCCGCCCGUUGGGGGCGCCCUGCUCUUCGCCUUGCGCUACCGUGUGACGGGUCGCGAGUUCUGGGACAACAACGGCGGCCGUGACUAUGCUCUACGUGGGCCUGAGCACCCGGGCAGUGGCGGAGCCCCGGAGCCCCAGGGCUGGAUCCACUUUAUCUGAGACCAGGCGCCUGCGGCCCACGGCGGAAAAAUCCAAAGGCACCCGGGGGCGAGGGGAACCUGAUGUGGCGGGGAGGAAUGGGAGAAAC